AUGAAACAGGAAAUUGUUGCUCAACAGUCAUUGUUUAAAAUUGGCAACCAGAGUGCCGAAGCAGCAACAAAAGUUAGCUAUUUAAUUGCAGAAGCUAUAGCCAAGAGAGGAAAACCAUUUUCUGAUGGAGAACUGGUGAAAAACUGCUUAGAGAUAUUUACAGAUGUUGUUUGCCCAACAAAAAAGUCUUUGGUGGAAAACACAUUCAUGGUUAACAAAGAAAAGGAGAUAGCGUUUUUGGAUGACAACUUCUGGUUGAAUGAUUUGGCAUUUUUGAUUGAUAUGACAAAAUGUAUGGCUGAAUUGAAUGUUAGACUUCAAGGAAAGUACCAGCUUGUGCACAGAUUGUAUGAACACAUUGUUACUUUUAUUGAAAAGUUAAACCAAAAAAUACUUAACGCCACCACCUUGCACUGUGUGCAUAGAAAGAAUAUUCAAGGUCUCAUCGGGGAUUACAAAAGGUCGCCAUCGGUUGUUAAUGGAUAA